CGGACGGAUUGUUCUCCGGGUUAGAACUAAUAAAUCGUCAACUUCGCCCAGCUGCCCUCUCGUAGAGGAAACGAAGCAGCUUGCAAAGGCCACUGAAACCCACCGUUUGUUUUCCCACUCGCGUUUCUUGCAUGUAUAUCAGUAACGGGCGUUCGUACUACGCUCUAUUCCGAUGCGCCAUUAUUACCCUUAUCGGCGCGAAACACACGUGCUCGUGGAGUAUAUAAACUUCUGUCGAACCGUACGGAGAUGUCAAACGAAAAAAAAACCGGACACGCGAUAAUUUUCCAUAGCCUGAAAAACAAUACGUACGCCGAGAUCGAAUCAUCGUCCGCAAUACGAAUUCCACGAAAAGUACGACGCGCGUCUUCACGAUUUGAUAAUAUUAAAUCCGAACCGCAUCGCCUUACUCAAUGGAACGACAACGCCGAGUUGUCACGGACUAAGAGUGAGAGAGUGAAAGUCGGAGUCACGAGCGUUGAGAGUCAGCCAGCGGGUUCUAUACAGUGGGAGGAUUUGACACGGUCGCGAUCCUGGAAGAGGAAGUGAUCGAGUCCCUCAGACCAAUAAAGCCCGGGCGCCAGUGUAAGGUCAGCGGUGGUGCCCUAGUGAUAUUCUACAUAUGUUGUUGUGCGGCGAACUCCUGAGCGGCAGUUUUGUGACAGCGGGUGCGGCUUCGGUCGGCCCCACAGGACGCGGGCUCUGGCUACCCGGUUGUUUGCGCGCAACCAGCCCCAGAAUCAUAUCUCCUUACCUGCCCCUCCUUGCCGAGCUCCUCGCCACCAGCUACUACACCAUGGCUCUCACUCAGGCCCAACAGAAUAACCUCGAUAAUCACCCGUCGGCGGACAACCUCGACCUCGAUGGCCAGGACAUCGACGAGGACGUGUUUCUCGCACAGAAACUAGAGAACGGACUUCUCUCGUUCGAGAAUCCGAACUAUCAUCUGGACCCGGCGAGACUCGACGACGCGUUGAACAGUAACAGCGGCAGUUCUCUCUACGACGAGCUUUACCAGGAGUUGGUCGGGGGUGGGGGUGGAGGUGGCGACGUUACGGGAGGCGUCGGAGGCGUCGCGAGGGUGCAAGCACGGCGUACCUACGCGGCACUUGACCUUGGAAGUAUGGGAGUUGACGUUACACAAGGACCUCUGACCCAGGACUCCGGAGAAGACGCCGCCGACAACACGGACAAUCACAACCUCAGGUACAGCAAUGAGGGUGUAGCGGAGGAGUCGACGCUGGUCGAUGACACCCUCAACGGCAAUCCUCACGUUCAUGUUCUCGGCCGUUCUGACAGAUCAAAGGGUUCUACGCAAGUUAGCGCCUCCUCGUUGACGGAUUCCGUCGGAUCUAUCGGCAAUCUUGUUGAAGAUCUAACGGAAAGAGCCGCCGCCACUUUAAGGGACUACUGUGAAAAGCCUGACAACGAAACGGAAAUGGGUGGAGUACCUCACGUCGAAGGUGGCUUGAACAGCGACCUUUACGCAGUUCCUGUGAAACGUCGUCAGCCAAAGGAGCACAAGGACCAAAAAGAUUUGCCGUUGCAACCGAGUUCGGAAAAAAUUCCACCCAAUGCGGACAUCGAUUCGGUAGAUUCAGAAGACAAAGAUGAGAAUCUGCCGGUCGGUUGGGAGAAGCACGAAGACAAUGACGGUCCGUAUUACUGGCACAUAAAAAGCGGCACCAUCCAAAGGGAACCACCCGAAGCUCCGCUGCCGUCUAAAUCAGAAUCUCGCCGAAGUUUAGUUAAGGAUAACGAUAGUAUAAAUAAUUUUCACGCCAUCGGUGGAAUGGUGAAUACAGUAACCCGCAGUAAUACAAGUUCAGCGCUAGAUCAAGAUUUGGAAAAUAAAAGAAAAGAGGAUCUCGCACUGAAGCGAAGGAGUUAUCCGGCCCGCGUCGACACCGAGGGUAGAGAUAGGGCCAUCAGAUUCGCUGUACGUUCGUUGGGGUGGGUAGAAAUUUCCGAGGACGAUUUGACCCCCGAGAGAAGUAGCAAGGCAGUCAAUAAAUGCAUCGUCGAUUUAUCCCUGGGAAGAAACGAUCUCCUAGACGUGGUGGGACGAUGGGGAGACGGAAAAGAUUUGUUCAUGGAUCUGAACGAGGGUGCGUUAAAAUUAAUAGAUCCGGAAAAUUUGACCGUACUCAAUACUCAGCCAAUCCAUUCCGUCAGAGUAUGGGGAGUCGGCAGAGACAACGGACGUGAAAGGGACUUCGCAUACGUUUCGCGGGACCGAUCGACGCGGAAGCACAUGUGUCACGUUUUCCGUUGCGACAUGCCAGCCCGCACCAUAGCCAACACGUUACGGGAUAUCUGCAAGAAAAUAAUGAUCGAGAGAUCGCUACAUCAGAAUUUAGCAAAACCAGUAGACAUCAAUGGAAGAACAAGCUUGGCUACUAGACCAACGAAUCUUCCAACGGAACACAGACGAUUCCAUAGAAAUGGCCAGGCGCUCGUCACACAAUCUUUUCCGACUCCCAUGGAGGAGCCGAAAAAAGUAUUGAGGGCUCAGUACCUGGGUUCUAUGCAGGUAUCACAGGCGAGUGGCAUGGAUGUAUUAAACGAUGCGAUAGAUCAAAUGGUUACAAAUACUCCAAAUGAUCAAUGGCGAAACGUUAAUGUGGCUGUCGCUCCGAGCAUGAUCUCCAUACUCACACCAAACGAUGACAAGCUCAUUACCGAAUGUCGGGUCCGUUAUCUGUCGUUUCUCGGAAUUGGGCGCAACGUCAAACAGUGUGCCUUCAUCAUGCAUACGGCUCAGGAUAUAUUCAUUGCUCACAUAUUCAACUGCGAACCAAGUAGCGGGGCGUUGUGCAAGACUAUCGAAGCCGCGUGCAAGUUGAGGUACCAAAAGUGCCUGGACGCACAUCCUCAGGGGUUCAGGAAUGCCAGUAGUUUGAAUACUCCCGGUGGUCGCGGUCUCGGCGCAACUCUGAAAUCUCUCGUCGGAUCCCUUACUGGUCGAAGAAACAAGCAGGGUGAAUCCUGAGAUGAGGCUCUCUCGCUGCAGGAACUGUGGCCACUACCUGCAGAGCGAGAGGUAAUCAGACACAGACAUCUGCAGUCUCCAUUGACUUUGAAAUACUUUGGAGGAUCACCACCUAGUGCAUCUCUGCGAUCACUACUCUCGCCGUCCUUGGAUACCAGGCGCAUACAAUUGGCUCGCUGGGAAAGCAAUUCUUAAAUAAAUACUCUGUAUCAUAGGGUGAUAUAAUCUUGUUUAAAUUCGGCACUGGUGUCGUUAUAAGUCCCCCCCCCCCCCCCCCCCAUCCCCCUCGAAUCGUGAAUUCAGGAACGUGCUAUAUGAAACUUAUAAUGGACAAGGCUUAGUGUUGAUAUGUUAUUGCAGUGUCUGUGUUAAUUUGACAAAAAUCACGUGGAAAUACGUCACCAUAUUUUGCACCCAUCGAUCGAUUCGUGAUUUUCUCGUAUUUCUUCUCUGUAUUAUCCUUCUGAGUUAUUUGAAUUUUCUUCGAUUGUCAAACGUGAUCUAUGUGAAACGGGAAUUCAUAUCUCAUAAUUAGUCGAAGAAAUUGCCUGUCAAGAUUCGCCGGAACGAAAGUUUCCAAUUAUAGCAAACAUUAGUAAUAAUUCGAAGAUUUUUCUAAGCAACCAAAAAACGAGAAAGCGAAGGAAAAAUACAAUUCAUAACUGUUGGGUGGUGAUGAUUUUGGAACGAAAUGAAAGGGAAACAAAAAAAAAAUAAAAUAAACCAUUUCAAUGUGUAAGGAUAAUCAAUACGAUUUCGAUCGAACGUGAUUAAAUCAUUCCGAAAAUAUCGAAAACCUUGUGUAAAUUCAGCGCCAUUUUCGCGACGACGGAUAUGAGAUGAAUGUAUUUCCGAAAGAGUCUACGUAUGAUAUCCAGAAAUAAUAGUUGAAGAUGUGAACAGAAAAAAUGUUUAAUAGAAAACUCGUACUUGACUAUAUUAUCACAUAAUAUAUGUCGCGGUGUUAGGUGUAAUAAUUGCGAUGUCUCCAGACAAACGAUGAUUUCUUCAUCAAAAAAAUAUCACUGACAAUUUUCGUGAUAGAAAUUGCUCGGACAUUCCUUGAAGCUGUGUAAGAGUUUAUAGGUAUUUAUAUAGGUGUAUGAUAAUAUCUUAAAUUUCAGCAGCUUCUGAAUUUUAAUAAUCACGCGUCAGACGCCACGUUAUAUCAAGUAGUUAAUAUGAGUACUGUUUAAACAAAACCAUUCAAAAUUAAUAACUAAACGAUAUACGAUAUUGAAAACGAAGAUAAUAGUACACUUAAUAUUCUCCGACCAGGAAUUAUCAGAUUGUUGUGAACGAGGAGAAAAUGUAAGUAAGGGAAACGAUAGAAAAGAAAGAUAAUAUGAAGAAAGAAAAGAUAUGAAGUCUGUACAUAUGAGAAAUCAAUAAUUAAUGAAUUAUUACUAAAUAUUAAAAAAGAGUAACGCGAGACAAGAGAAAAUUUAUAGCGUAUCGUAUCCACAAGGCAUUCAAAAGCUAUAUAGAGCUUGUAUUCUUCAGUGUACAGUAUGAAAAGAAAUAAUUAAUUAUCAAAAAAAAAAAAAAAAAAAACUAAAGAAAUUCAAAGAAAAAUCAUCACACACGUAGCAAAUAGGAAUUUAUUUUUUAUGCCAAGUAAUAGGAGAGCUUGCGACGAUAGGUGAUAUGACAAAUAUUAGCGUGAUGCUCUAUCGCCGAGCGUCACAACGUAUCAACUUUGAAAGUGCGUGUAUGAAGAGGAAACUACGUAAUGAGUGAAUUAUUAUGUAGUUUUGUUGUGUACAAUGAAAAUUGCUGUAUAAGGUAACUCGUAUAUCGUUAAUGUCCACACGAUUUAACUUGCAAGAUUGGAUAUAAAUAAUAUACAUAUAUAUUAUAUAUAUAUAUAUAUAUAUACAUAUACAUACUUAACAAUUAUGCUGUAAGUGUAAGACGUACGUACUAUUUGAUUCAUAGAGUAGUUUUUUUUUUUUUUUUACAAAUUUAAAAUAUCAUUAUCUAGGGAUCGAAAAACAGAAUAUACGAUAAGUACUAUAUUCGGUGAAAAAUGCUGAAUAUAAAACGAAUGAGAACAUUUGAAAUAUAAAAAUGGAAACCGAAAUCUAUUAUGAGUAUAGCAACAUACACGUAAUAUCGUAGGUUAGUAAAAAAAAUGUAUUCAACCUAAAUUUAGACCAUUAAUUUAUUAUAAUGUAUUAUUAUAAGAUCUGUUUUUAUUAUCACAGUAUAAUUGAUAUCGUGCUGCAAACAUACAUAAAUAAAUAAUAAUAAUAAUAAUAAUCAUAAUCAUAACAACAAUAAUAAUAAUGAAAAUAAUAAUAGUAAUAAUAUUAAUAUUGAUAUUGAUAUUAUUAAUAAUAAUAAUAAUAAUAAUAAUCAUAAUGAUAUAAUAGUAAUGAUAUUUAAAUAAAUGAUAUUUGCUACUGUUGCUGGUUGCAGGGAAUAAUAUAUAACGAUAUUGUAUUCAUACAUAACAAGUAAUAUAAUUAUUUUAUAAUUAUCAUUACUUUUCAUUACCACUACCAAUACUAUAAUUAUUUUUAUUAUCGUUUUCAGUUAAUACCACCUCCAGCCGACUUCCGAGCGUUAUUGUAUCAAUAUUAUACAUUAUUGUUACCAUUGUCAUUAUUUGGAUUGUGUCAUUACUAUCACAAUUAGUGUUACAGAUAAAAUAUUUCAUGGCCUGGUGUUCUCAGCACCAGAUGAUAUUGAAUAUGAAAAUGUUAUGUAUCUGAAUACCCGUUAACGUAAGCGUCGUGCAGAGUGCGAUAGUAAUUGUUUGUCGAUUGAAAUGAAAAAAAAACGUGAGUCUGAAGAAAUUUGUAUAAAUAGUUGAAAUAUGUGUUUGGAUUCGCUAGAAACUCAGGCCAUGCUUUUGUGCACUAUAUUCUUGUACAGUUAUAUAAGAAAUUUUAUUCUGUCAAACCGGAAAUGUAGCAGUGGGCCAGAAUCAUGUAAGCGAUUACAACGGCUAGUAUUUCUCAAUAUUUACGGUAUCCAAAUGUUCCUAAUCGUUGCAAUUUUCUGAAUUGUAUAGCUAGAUAAAAAGCUGCGGUGCCCUGAUGAUUAUAACAAAAUGCAAAAAAAAAAAAAUAUGGGAAUAAAAAUACUCGUUGUUGGAAUCAUAACUAAUUUAGUGAAAAUAAAAUUUGCAAAAAUGAUCGAAGAGACGAAGACGAACAAAACAAGAACAAAAAAAAAAAAAAGAAAAUAGUGUUUUGCAAAGGCUGUUACUGCAAAGAACAAACUUGUGCGGGACCCAGGAUGAUGUUUCUAUGUAAUAUAGAUUAUAAACGAAUAAAGUGAGGUCGGAAAAUGAUCUAAUUAUGCUGUAGGAUAACUAAGUCAAAUGAUUUAAUUAACUAAUUAAUUUAUGAAUAUGAUAAAUAAUAAGAAAAUUCGAUAAUUAUUAUUGUAAAUAAUCCACGCUGAUUGCCCGCCUUUAUAAAAUAUAAACACUUACAAGAAAAAAUCGAAAGAAAAAAAAAUGAAAAGAUACAUACUGCGCCUCUCUUGCGCUGCAGUUUAAUAAAAACGGCAGCUAGAUGUUAAUAGAAAAAAAUUUAAAAUAAAUAAAAAUAACGCAACGCCGGGCUUUUAAUCCGCACUAUAAAUUUUUGUAAGCCUUUUCUGUUCUUUGUAUUUUCAAGUUAUUAAUCAAUUUCUAUAUACAUAAAUAUAUGUAUAUAUAAAUAAAAAUUUUGAGACCCCAUGUACGAACAAUAAGGAAUGUGUUGUUACGCUAUUAGUGACAAGAAAAAAGGAUGUGCCAUUUGUAUUUCAAUAAACCAUACAUUGAUAAAAUGACGGAGGAAAAUUAUAGCGGUGCGUUCCUUAAAAUACAAAGAACACAUCCAAUGUAUAAGUAUGUUAAAUAUGAGGUUCAAAAUGUGAAGUGUAUAUGUAUAUACAUUAUAAUUAUUAUUAUACGUAUAAGAAUUAUGUGAAGUUUAAGAUGAAGGUGAAAAAUUACGUUAUAUAAUAGCACUGUAUCACGUUAUCAGGAGAGACACAUUAUGCCAAUUGAAAUGACCCAUUGAAACCACAUUUGUAACGAACACGUCACUUACAUUCAGAAACACAAGAAAAUUGAGGAAACAAAAAAAAGAGAACACGACCGUAAUAAAAAGUACACAUGUGCAUAGCUUAACUGUGUUAUAAGUGUUGACAUGUUGCCACAAAGAAAUAAAAAAGGAAAUACUAAAAAAAAUGAAGAAAAAACCAAAAAAAAACCAUUGUAACUGACAUAGCAUAGCAACUACUAUAUUUACUGUGAGAUGUAAUAACCCAACUACUGAUAUGGUAGAGUUGUUCUGCACAAACAUGAUGCUUAAUAAUUAUAGUCUUUCAAAAGUA